AUCUACUAAAAAAAAAUGGCUUUGCCUCUUGGAUGGAAAAAGGAAGAAGUUGUAAGACAGACUGGUUUGUCUGCUGGAAAAAUAGAUGUUUAUUAUUUCACGCCAGAUGGUAAAAAGAUUCGCAGUAAACAAGAGUUGGCUAGAAUUCUGGGUGAAACAUUUGAUUUAAGUGCAUUUGAUUUUUGUACCAGACGUGCUGCCAACAGUGCUAGCAGAAAAAGAAAAUGUCAGAAAGAAUCUUCUUAUGAUUUUGCUAGAGGUGUGCACCAUGAUGCCAAUCUUGGACUACCUACAGUUAUAACGAACACACCCGAGUGUAAAACUGAAGUUGAACUCAAGAAUGGAAUUCAGGAUCAGUCAGGGCAGAUAUUUUUGGAAAAACGCUUUCAUGGUCUUCAUGCGUGUAACAACAGCGAGGAAGUUAUACCAUCCCUGAAAUUACCCUACCAAAUACAGAGAAGGAAAAAAGUGCGUGCUCCCAAGCUAACACUUGUUGAAGAACUAACUAAAGGGCUACAAACUGAUCCUGCUGUGAUACGGUCCAAUUUUACAGUCAAGGAUGAGGAUGGAAAAGGAAGGGGAGUUUACUUAAAGCUACCUAUUUUGCGCAAGGAUUCUUUUGUUCUUGAAUAUGAAGGAGAUGUUAUAUCAGAGGCUGAGGCUCAAAGUAGGGAGAAAAUUUAUGCAUAUAACAAUGAAGGCUGCUUCAUUAUGUCCUUUGUUUUUAGGAGAAAAAAAUUAGCUGUGGAUGCUACAAGAAGGUAUGAUUCAAUUACAAGACUACUCAACCAUUCAAGACAACCAAAUAUCAAGUUCCAUGCUCCUUUAUUGUUAGACCUUUCAGGCAAUGGCUUGCCUAGAAUAGCAGCUUAUGCACUGAGAGAUAUUCACAGGGGUGAGGAAAUUGUCUUUGAUUAUGGUGUCAGAGACAGGCAUAUACCUUGGUUAACCAGCAAACAGGCUGGCUAUGUCUCCGAUAUCGACACAAGUUCUGAUGAGGAGACAAAUGAAGGAUGCAUAUCAAUGCGGAUAUCUCCUCAUGAAAGAUCUGAUUAUGCCUACAAAGAAAAUGAAGCAUCAGAAUCUAAACCCACGACAUUUAAAGAAAAUGAAGCAUCAGAAUUUAAACCCAUGACAUUUAAAGAAAAUGAAGCAUCUACUUCUAGCAAUUCCAGCUCUACCAAAAGUGAAGAAUUGUCAAGGAAACAUUUAACUUUUAAGCAAAAAUCAAAGGCAGCUUUCUCAAAUAAAUCACUAGGAAAUUUCAGAGUAUGUUGUGGUUGGAGGUUUACCCGUUUGAUACCAGGGAGCAACAGCUUUUAUGCUGGACUAGAAAAUAUUGGACCAGAUAUGAAGAUUCACAAAAUGUAUGAAGAUUUCUCCAGACGUAUGAACAAAAUUGAGGAAGAAAUCAUUUGUUUGUCAGAUACUGACGAAAGUACAUCUUCAAUACAGAGAGAGACUUUUGAAAUUUCUUCAGUAUCUGAUGUAGAUCAACCAAAUACUGUUUUAAGUAAUCUGUCAUCCAACAUUAACACUAAUAGUGAUAGUAAGGUGCUGGACUGGCUACCAUCUGUUAGAGAGAGUAGCAGUGGUUUGUCUCAGGAUAUGGAUAUUAAAAUUAUAUGUGUCCAAAGUCUUAUUGAUCCAGAGCCAAAGAACUUGAAUGUAAAGCAACCUUCCACUGAACAAAAGCAGCAACCUGAGCCAGUCUUAGUAAUAGAAGACUCGUCUGAAGAUGAAACAUUAACAGCUUUACAGAACCUCACAUGUCACAAAUCUACAAACCUAACAGGUUCCAGCCCAUCAUCUGUUAGCAAUCCUUUGCCAAACAUUUCUGAACAAUCACAUUCAUCUACUGAUUGCUGUGUAUCUUCAAAACAUAGAGAGACUUCUAAAAGUCCUUCCGUUUAUGAUAUUGUUGAUCAACCAAAAACUGUUGGAACAUUUCAUAUAACAACAUCAUAUAAUAUUUGGCAAAGGCUAAGUUAUCCAGUAACUUUACACAGUACAGGGUAUCAUUAAAAUUGUAGACACCAAAGUUCGAUAUGAUUAUUUAUUCUUAUUCAUUUUUAAUUUGAAUGUA